AUGGUUUGCUCGUCCUGGUUUGCUUUUCUGGCGCUCGGCGUGAUAGGAGCAUCGCCAGCUUGGGCCGCAGACAAUGGGAUAGAGUCGACAAAACUCGCUGCCGAUGACUUGAUCCUCGAGUGCGAGAGCAACCAGGCUUGCCAACUAGUGGCCAACGCUGUCGAGGCAAGCGGCGGCGUGUUGCACUACCUUUACGAGUCGGAUGUUUUUCACGGUGUUUCGUUUCAACUACCCAAAUCGGCGACGGCAGAGGAGAGGAGAGCCUUGGUGGCACAAUUCAAGUGUAUCAAGGCAUCGUGGCCCGUUGAGGACGUUAAUCUCAUGCCGGAGGACAUAGCCAAGGACCAGCCAGAAGACAAACUCCAAGUCCUCAAGGGGGGUGAAGAGAAGAGGGCGCCCUUUGGCCGUCGAGCCGACGAUGACCGUGUCGAGACACCUUGGAACCACCUCAUGACGCACGUCGACAAGCUGCACGAGGAGGGAUAUCUAGGAACUGGCAUCAAGAUUGCUGUUAUUGACACUGGUGUCGACUACAACCAUCCCGCGCUGGGAGGAUGCUUUGGACCAGGUUGCAGGGUUGUCACUGGAGAGAACUUUUCCAACCAAGGAAACAGAAGCGACCCCAUAGACUGCAGCUACAAAGGCCACGGCACCAUUGUGGCCGGCAUUCUGGCGGGCUAUAACAAGGCGGAUGGCUUUGUGGGCGCGGCGCCAAACGCAACCAUCAUGGCAUAUCGCGUGGUCAACUGCGAGGUCCAGGGACGUGAAGACGACAUGAUAGCGGGCUGGCUCAAGGCCAAAGAAGACGGCGCGCAAAUCAUUGUCUCGUCGGUCGGCUUCCAGGGCGAAAACUGGGCGCAGAGACCGCUUGCCGUGGUGGCCGCUCGCAUCGUCGCCAGCGGAGUGCCUUGCAUCGUCGCCCUCGGCAACAACAAGGACAAAGGCCUCUUUUACGCACUGAAUCCCAGCACCGGCCGCGGCGUCACGUCUGUCAACUCGUUUGGCCGCUCUCUGGUAGCGCUCGAGCACCGCGGUGAGUACUCGGUCGGCACCGGGUCCGAGCCGGUCGACUUUGCCUUUGAGCCCGGCACGGGGCUGCACGACUGGGACGGGGAGUGGCGUCCGGUGCACGACGUCGACGCCGACUUUGGCGACAAGCCCGACGAUGAGCUCACGGGGGCCGAGGAAGUCCCCGACUACGUCGACGAGGACACGGUGCUCGGCGACAAUUGCAAGCUGUCGCCGGGCAACUCGAGCACCGGCUUCGCCCGGGACCUCGCCGGCCACAUCGCCCUGAUCCGCCAGACGCCCGAGACCAACGGCUGCCACUUCGACGAUCGCGUGCGAAACGCCGUCGCCCGCGGCGCCGCGCACAUCCUCGCCUGGCAAGACGCACCCAACUACAUCAUGAUCCGGCGCCAAGACGCACACGGAGUGAGGGCCAUCGGCAUUACCCAAACCGACGACGGCCGAGCCAUGGCCCGUGCCCUCGCAUCCGGCCAGCCGCUCACGGCCCGGAGAGCCGGCCGAGUCCGCAUCGACACGGGGGUUGUUGCCCCCAUGUCUGCGUACGGGCCGACCUGGGACAUGGACAUCAAGCCUACCAUCGGCGCGCCCGGCCACCAAGUUCCGGUCACUCGGAAAGGCGGCGGCUACGACUCCGACUCGGGCACCUCCUUUGCCGGGCCUCUUGUCGCCGGUGUCUUUGCCCUCGUGGCCGAGGCCCGGGGCACUUUCGAUCCCGCUCUCCUCAACAGCCUGGUCACGUCCACGGCGGAGCCUCAAAGCAGCCACGGCCGUCUGAUUACCGUGGCUCAGCAGGGAGGCGGUCUUCUCAGGGCCUGGGAGGCUGCCCAUGCCACCACCCUCGUCGAGCCCAGCACCCUGCCGUUCAACGAUACCGAUCAUCGCCCCGACUCGAUUGGGCUGCGCAUCACCAAUGCCGCCAAGACCGAGGUGACGUACCGGCUUUCUCACCUUGCUGCCACUACGCUGUACACUCUCGAGGCCGACUCCAUUCGCCCCAGCGAGGAUCCGGCGGGUGAGCUGGAUAAGCUGGCUAUGAUGGAUGACUUGGAUGAGGUGGAUGAGGCUGUUGACGCCGCGGCCCAUGUCGAGAUGAGCCAGUCCUCACUCACCCUCGGCCCGGGUCAGUCGGCCACGGUGGACGUCUCAGCCACCGACCCCAGCGGCCUCGAUCCCGAGCGUCUGCCCGUGUGGUCCGGCUGGGUUAGCAUCCAGGGGUCCGACGGCACAAACCUGACUGUUCCCUAUCUCGGGCUGGGCGGUUCUCUCCGCUCGGCCGCCGUCCUCGAUCCCGCCAGCAAGUUGAGCACGCUGGCCGGCUCGGAUUUCAUUCUUCCCAAUCCGCCCGAGGGACAAACGCCCGGGCCUGCCCAGGGAAUCGCCGAGCCUGCGGCCGCCGCUCGCAGCGAGGCCAUCUCCACCUCGUUUGACCUCGUUCUCGGCUCGCCCCAGGUCCGCGUCGACAUUGUACCGCUCGACGUGUGCCCGACGCCUGCCCUCGUCGGCACGCGAGCAAACGCCACGGAGCCGGAUCUGCCCCAGGCCUGCGUGCCCGACUCCAUCGUCACCGAAUUCGCCGGCGCCAAGUCCAUCGGCCAACUGCCCGGCUAUCCCAGGCACUACGUCAAGCGUGAGGAGAUCCAAAUUCGCUGGGACGGUGCCUUUGCCCCGGGGCAGUACGCGCCGCCCGGCCGGUACAAGAUUGUUGCCCGCGCCCUGUCUAUCAUGGGCGAUGCCGCCGACGAGGCCCAUUGGCAGACGGUCGAGUCGCCCGUCUUUUCCAUUCUGUACGAGGGCAAUGUCAAACGUGCCCCUGAAAACCAACCCGCUCAGCCUGCCCAGACGCCGGAGGAGGAAGACGCUCCUGCUGCGAAUGCUGGGGACGCUCUCGCCGCAGACGAAGUCAAACCUGCCCCAGAGAGCUAG